AUGCCUCUUACUGAAAAAAAUACUUCACUUCAGGUGUUUGUUGUCUAUCUGAUGGUUCACUCUCGAUGUGCUCUUACAACAUACAUGGUGAUCAAGGGAAUUAAAUGGGCCUAUCGAAGUAAUCUUUCAUUUGUAUUUCUCAUAUCUCUCAUAUUUGGAUCCAUUCAAGCGUUUUUACAAGCCACGUUUUUCAAUCAGAUGUCUUUAAAUUGCAGCGUUCAUAUACGACUGAUCUACGCAACAUGGAUAAUUUGUACAUUACUUCUCAACUCAGUUCUGUACUAUCGUGCCUGGUGUAUCUCUAGCACAAAACCAAAAUCACAAAUCAUUAUAUCAGUCUUGAUGACUAUUGGACAUCUGGCAUGUCUAUGCAAUGAUGCUGAUUAUUCUUUUACUAGUGUUUUUGAACAUCCUAAAUACGGAUGCAUGAUUACCCCUGGGUGGCCACGAACUCUUUAUGGAUCUUUUGCGACGCUAAAUGAUACUGUUCAUGCCUACUACUUUUGCGCUCCACUUUUUAAAGCAACCAAAAACAGCGCAGUCGUUAGUCGCUCAACAGCAGGCUACAUUCGCAUGAUCACAAAGUCCAUCAUCUGUUUGGCUAUUUGCACAGUUUCCAACAUUGCGUUUGCCAUUCUUAUUACGAUUGGACAAGAAGUCAAGUCCAUGAUAUUUUUGGACAUUGCAUUUUUGUGUCAGAUUCUAUGUGCCUGUGAGAUUCAAUUCAACACACAUAGAGAGACAGACAGAGCUUUGUUGGGGUCGUUUAUGAUGAAGAAUAGCCCACUUGAUCGGCUAAAACGUACACCGCACGAUAUACCUAGUAUCGAAGAUGAUACGACGCGAUGUCAUGAAUCCAUCGGCGGGAUACCUCGCAUUUUAAUUUGCAAAGAUAGGCUUGAUCGUAUUGACUCUACUAUUAGAGUUUAA